AUGAGGGUACUCUGACUUAAGAGAUUAUAGUGCGUGUGUAACGGGUGUGACUGUGUUUUGUUUAAUUUAAUUUGAAAAGAAAGUGGUUUGUGAUAAGUGUUUGUAUGUUUUAUUAAAAGAUGUCUGUUAAUGAAAUUGAAUCGCAGGAUGCAUAUACCGACGUUGUGGAGCUAUGCGCGUUGCUACAGUGCUUGGGCUUCAGCGUACGUUCACUGGAGACGAGUGAAGUGAACCUCAGCCAGGAUGUCGGCACCAGGACCGUGGUUAUCAACUGUCAGUCUUCAGGACUGCACGUGGUGCUGGAGAGUCCAGGCUUGGCGUGCUCGUGCCCCGCCACCGACCAACAGAACAGCGGCGUUUGGCAGGUGUCCGGCGUGACUGGCGGCAAGCAUCUUGAUAAGGAGUUCGGCUGCACCCUCCUCGGUUCUCUCCCAAAGCCGCACCGCGAGCGUCUGACGAAGGAGCUACGGGAGAUGAUCCGGUGCAUCAAGCAGCACAACGACUCUGAUCACGAUAAGAAGAAGGAGCUGAAUAAGUCUACUAGCAUCAUCGAGCUUAAUACGCCGGAGAAGAGGCUAUUCCAGUCCAGAGUCGAUACGCCCACUCGGUACCGUUCGCUAGACACGCUGACAGCAGCGAAGGCUGAAUCUGAUCAGCAGCUGCCGGCGCCAAGGCCGCUGACGAAGCGCUUGCUGGCGAGCGCUUAUGGAGACGACAACACUGAGAAAAAGACUAUGUGUCGCAGACAGAGUACAUACACACUAUCGUCGACUCCUGGGAGCAGUAUCAGGAGACGCAACAAAACAUCAAGUCCAAUACAAUCCAUACACAACCCGCUGCUAGAAACAUUGAUAGAAGCUGAGAAAGAGGCUGAGGAACUAAGAAACAAGAUAGCAUACAUCAGAAAGGAGUUUGUUGAAGAGAAGAACGAUUCUUCCAUGUCCUCGCUAGCUUUGGACGUCUCCAAAAUAUCUGUCUUGAAGGCAGAGCCACCCAAAGCCCAGUUUGCGUCCAGUCCAAACCUGUCCGGCUUGGGAACAGUUCAGGAAGACUUCCCCAAGAGUCGGCUCAAGAGGUUCGAGAGUGCCUCCACCUCGCACUUGGGGCCGAAGUCGCUGAACCCCAACGAGAAACCCUCGCGGCUGAAGAGGAUAUCGCCCAACAUCUUCAAGAUGAGGAAAGACGCCCCACCUAAGGUUGAUAAGCUGAAGCCGGAUAGUAAGAGCAGCAAAUUGAACAACUUGUUCAGACCAAAAAUAGUGACUCCAGUACAUUCAAAAUUGAACGAAGCAAGUCCCAACAGUGCCUCUAAGAAAAAGUUCAGUCACGUGAAGUCGACUAUACCUAGACCAACGCCCGUUAAAAAGGACUAACUUUAACUAGAAAAUUGACUUUUGUUUUGAAUCUAACCUUGAUACUUUUUUAAUUUAUGAAAAUAAACACGACUACGAAAGACUGUC